GUUGAAAAUGUAAAGUUACUAGAUCGCUACGCCAACAGGAAGGCAGCAAAUGGGACAUUGUACCUGACAGCCACUCACCUGAUCUAUGUAGAUGCUUCUGCUGAAGUCAGGAAGGAAACAUGGAUCCUGCAUCACCACAUUGCCACUGUAGAGAAACUGCCCUUGACCACAUCUGGGUAUCCACUGCUCAUCCACUGCAAGAACUUCCACGUGGCUCACUUUGUUCUGGGGCAGGAGAGGGACUGCCACGACGUGUUCACCUCCUUGCUCAAGCUUUCACAGCCAGUGAAGCCUGAAGAACUUUAUGCUUUCUCUUACAAUCCUAAAAUGUCCAAAGAGAACAGGGAAAUUGGAUGGAAACUGAUUGAUUUAAAACUGGAUUACCAGCGCAUGGGAAUUCCGAACGACUACUGGGAAAUAACGGAUGUUAAUAAGGACUAUGAGGUUUGCAGCACAUACCCUCCAGAACUCGUGGUGCCUCGAGCUGCCAGCAGGGCAGUGGUGAUGGGAAGUUCAAGGUUCAGGAGCCGAGGGAGGAUCCCAGUGCUUUCUUACUUGUGUAAAGAGAACAAUGCUGCCCUGUGCCGCUGCAGUCAGCCCCUGGCCGGGUUCAGUGCGCGCUGUCCUGAGGAUGAACACAUGCUCCAGGCCAUCCGAGAAGCCAACCCCGGGAGCCCCUUCAUGUAUGUUGUAGACACAAGGCCAAAGCUGAAUGCCAUGGCCAACCGAGCUGCUGGGAAGGGCUACGAGAAUGAGGAUCACUAUGAGAACAUUCGCUUCAAAUUCAUUGGCAUAGAAAACAUCCAUGUGAUGAGGAACAGCCUGCAGAAACUCCUGGAAGUGUGUGAAACGAAGUCCCCCUCAAUGAGUGAUUUCCUCACUGGGCUGGAGAACUCAGGUUGGUUACGGCACAUUAAGGCUGUGAUGGAUGCAGGUGUCUUUCUUGCCAAGGCUGUGAGGGAGGAGAAGGUCAGUGUGCUGGUGCACUGCUCGGACGGGUGGGAUCGCACGGCACAGGUCUGCUCCCUGGCUGGCCUGCUCUUGGACCCCUUCUACAGGACUUUCAAAGGCUUCAUGGUUCUGAUAGAAAAGGAGUGGAUUGCAAUGGGCCACAAGUUUUCACACAGGUGUGGCCAUUUGGAUGGGGACCCCAAAGAGGUGUCCCCUGUCUUCACUCAGUUUGUGGACUGUGUCUGGCAGCUAAUGCAGCAGUUUCCCUGCUCCUUUGAGUUCAAUGAGAGGUUCCUGCUCGAAAUCCAUGACCAUGUUUACUCCUGCCAGUUUGGCAACUUCCUUGGGACCUGCCAUAAGGAGCGUGAGGAUCUCAAAAUCUUUGAGAAGACCCAUUCUCUGUGGCCUUUCCUCUUACAGAGGAAGCAGGAAUUGAGAAAUCCUUUGUACAGAGGGUUUACAGCUUACAAAGAGCUUCAACCAAACACACUACCUUUCAGUUUCCAGUUUUGGUGUGGGAUGUACAAUCGCUUUGACAAAGGAAUGCACCCUAAGCAGUGUGUGUUGGAUCACCUGCUGAGCUGCAUGAGCCAGAAGAUGAAGCUGGAGGACAAUGCCUCUGAACUGGAAAAUAAACUUCCUUUCCUGGAUGGUCCUGUGCCCAGUGAAGUUUGCUCGUCAUCCAGAGCAGUACAUCCUGCUACCAAAACCUCAAUGCCAAACACUCCUCAGGACUAUGGAGGGGGAGCCCCCCCUGUGCUGAGCAAUGGCCCCUCAGCAGGGGCUAUGGCUGUGGGGGCAGGAGAGGAGCAGCAGCCCAAGGAGACCCUGUCCCAACCCCGGGACACUGCGGUGGUGUCGGACUCUGCGGUGGAGGACGGGAGGCCUGAGCACCAGGGAUGA